AUGCAAUUCAAAAAUACUAUCAUUCCAUUAGCUUUAGCUUCUGUUGCUUUAGCUCAAUCACCAGAACCAACCACCACUUAUACCUCAACAAUCUGGACCACCCAAACUACUGAUGUCAGCAGUUCUUCAGACUCUCUUUCUCCAGUUAACAGAGAAGUCUCAUCAUCAUCAUCAUCAUCAUCAUCUUCAUCAUCAGAUGACUCAAACGCUUCAGCUUCAUCUGCAUCUGUUCAAUCAGCAUCAGAAGCUUCAGCAUCAGCAGCUUCAGAGUACUCUGCUUCAUUAUCAAGUGUUUCAGCAGCUUCAGCUUCAGGUUUAGCAGCUUCCCAAGCUUCAGAAGCAUCAGCAGAAUCUCAAGCUUCAUUCUACUCAGCUCAAUCCGCUGCCUCAGCAUCAUCAGAAGCUGCUUAUGAAGCUUCUUCAGUUUCAGCCCAAGCAGCUUAUCAAUCUUCUCAAUCAGCUGUUUCAAGUGCUUCAGAAGCUUCAGCAGAUGCAGCCGAAGCCUCAGCUUCCUCAGCUUCAUCCGUCUCAGCUGCUUCAGCUGCUUCAGUCUCUUCAGCUUCAGCUGCUAACGUUUCAAUUGCUUCAGUUUCAUCAGCUUCAGUUGCUAACGUUUCAAUUGCUUCAGUUUCAUCAGCUUCUGUUGCAAAUGUUUCAAUCGCUUCAGUUUCAGCAGCUUCAGCUUCAGCUGCAUCAGCUGCUAUUGAUAGAGCUAUUGCAUCUUCAUCAGCAGAAGCUGCUGCCUCAAUCUCUAUUGCAUCAGAAUCAUCAGCAGAAGUUGCUGCCUCAAUCGCUGCUGCUGCCUCAGAAUCAUCAGUUUUAGCUGCUCAAACAUCAGAAUCCUCAUCAGAAUCCUCAUCAGCUCCAUUAUCAUCUUCAUCAUCAUCUAAACCAUCAUUAUCAGCUGCUAAUGGUUUAAUUGCCGUUGCUUCAGAUUCAUCAAAUUCAUCAACUUCAGCUGUUUCUGCUAGCUCAACUGCUUUGAACGGUACAUCUUCAUCUUCUAAAGCUUUAGGUGCUCAACAAGCUGUUCCAGCUGCUUUCACUGUCGGUAUGAUGGGUUUGAUCUUAGGUUCAUUAAUCUAA